UCAUACAAAUAUGUUAAAAACAAAAUUCUUCUCAAUUUUAAUAUUAACUACAACGACAUCUAUAAUGGCGGCUACAAAUAACACUGUAACGAAGGGAAUCAAUGAAAAAACGGAAAAUUUUGAAUUAUUAAUAUUACAUACGAAUGAUAUGCAUGCACGUUUUGCAGAAACAUCCGAAUUAUCAGGUGUAUGUUAUCGACCACCAUGUUAUGGCGGUUUUGCACGUGUAUCCACAAUAUUUAAAGAGGCACGACGGAAUGCUACGACUGGUCAUGGACCCAAAAAUGUUUUAAUAUUAAAUGCUGGCGAUACAUACACGGGUUCAACAUUUUUUACGGUUUACCAUUCAAAUAUCACAACGGAGUUCAUUAACUUAUUGAAGUUUGAUGCUUUGUCAUUGGGUAAUCAUGAAUUCGAUUUAGGAGUAUCAGGAUUAUUACCAUUUAUUGAAGGUGUCGAAAGUCCAAUAGUUUGUACAAAUUUGGACACGACAAAAGAACCACAAUUAACCGCAUCAAAAUUAAAGCGAUCCGUUACAAUUGACGUUAAUGGAAUCAAAGUUGGUAUAAUCGGAUACUUAACAAAUGAAACAAAAUAUAUAUCAAAAGCAGAAAACACAGAAUUUCUGUACGAAGUGGACGCAAUUAAAUUAGAAAGUGAAAAAUUGAAUGCAGAAGGUGUUCAAAUAUUAAUUGCAGUAGGUCAUUCUGGUUACGAAGUUGACAAAGAGAUAGCAGCACGAGUUCCCUUAAUUGACAUUGUUGUUGGUGGCCAUUCAAAUACAUUUCUCUACACUGGCGGACAACCUGAUGUGGAAGUUCCCGAAGGUCCAUAUCCAACAAUAAUUCAACAACCCAAUGGAAAGCGUGUUCCUGUUGUUCAAGCAUAUGCGUAUACAAAGUAUGUUGGAAAACUUUUAGUCGAAUUUAACGAUGGUAAUUUUGUUAAAGCAUCCGGAAAUCCUAUUUUAGUAACACAUGACAUCGAAAAAGAUCCAAUUGUUGAGGAAUUAUUAGAUAAAUAUCGACCUGGUGUUGAGGCUUUAAGACAUCAAGUUAUAGGUCGAACGAAAGUGUUACUCGACAGUCGAACUUGUCGAUAUGAGGAAUGCAAUUUAGGUAACGCGGUAACAGACGCAUUUGUCUUGUACCAUAUGGAUCAAUACCAUGGUGAAUUUUGGACAGAUGCCGCAAUCGGAUUAGUAAAUGGUGGAGGUAUUCGUUCAUCGUUAGAUGGUCGUAGCACCGGUGGAAACAUUACUCAAGAUGACCUAUUAACGACUUUCCCAUUCGGGAACAUAGUUCAAUCAACGAUCUUAACCGGGCAGGAUCUUUUAGACGUUUUACAACAUUCCGCAAAUCAGUACCACUUAGGUGGGUUUUUACAAGUGAGUGGACUUCAUGUUGUUUACGAUUUCAGUGAUCGCGGUAAUAAACGAAUUGAAUCGGUUAAAGUUCGAUGUGCUUCGUGUUUAGUACCAAAAUAUGAACCAUUGGUUUUAGAUCAAAAAUAUAAAGUGAUAGUAACUGCAUUUUUGAUGGCAGGUGGAGACGGCUUCGAUAUGUUAAAAAAUAAAACAUUUAUCAAUGAAGGUAUCGACGAUGCUUCAAUAACUGUUGAAUAUUUACAAAAGUUUAGUCCAAUUACGACUGGUAUUGAAGGGCGAAUUAUAAUCAAAGGUCUGGAUAACGAUGAUGACUCGUAUGAGGGAAGGAGUAGUAAUUCAACGAAGAAUUUAUAUUUAAAUAUAAUUGUCGGUUGUGGAAUUAUUGUAUUUAUUUUAAUUGGUAUUAUUAGUUAUUUAAUGUAUGUACGAAAUCGACGACAACGUUUCGGGUUAGGAUUUUGAAUUUAAGUAAUUCAAUUUAACACAAAUCGGUACUAAAAAAUUAUUUAAAUGAAUGUGUUUUAAGUUCAAAUCAAUGGUGGAUAGUGGCAGACACUUAGGGUCACAACAACAAAAGAAAAUCCUUUGUAAAAAGAAUCACCUCGAAAUGUCGUUUCAUUUGCACCACGAUUCCUGCCAAAAAAAAGUUUCUUUUAAUUUCAAUAGGAAAUCAAUCGCAUUUUUUUAUUAGGGAAUUAAUUUAAAUGUUUUCUGGAAGCAAGUAAUUAACCACAACUUGCUAAAUAUCAUUCCCUUGCAUUCAUAAUUGAAGAAAAUCUUUCAAAUUUUAUGUUCAAUUGUUGAAAGCUAAAAGAUGAGGGCAUAUGAGUCGCUAGAUUGAAUUAUCAAGAGCAAUUAUUGUACUAUUUUCGCCUGAUUGGACUCAUUUCCACCCCACGACAGACACGCUAAUGGGUAGGAACAGAUUAUUGUUAAAAUCAUUCCCGAAUUCAUUGGACUCGUGACGAAUAUUUUAUUUAAGCCUCUUUAAUUCCUUAGUAAUAAUAAUAAGCAAAGCGCUUGGGGAAAAAGGGCGACGGGGAAACUUGACCUAUUGUUGUAAUCCUUUUCACGCUGGACAUAAAAUCAAUAUACUAAAAAACAAGAAAAAACUCAACGAAUACACCAUAUUACAUUAAAGAAGACUUCCCCCGGAUAAUACUAGAAGAAUGCAAGGAAUUAAGCGCCCGUUACAGGAAGAAAGGGUCGAAGGUCGUAAAGCUUUCUUAAAAUAUAAUAAACUUAUUAUUAUUUCUGAAAAACAAGGAAAUCAACAACCCCAAGAAGACAAACGUAACCAAAACUCUAUUAAAAGGAAUCUAUCCGAAUCCCCGGGGAACACGAAGGAAUCCUUAAGA